AUGGAUGUUCCUGCGUCUUCAUCAUCUAAGGAGAUAACAGAAGGCAAGGCCCGACAAGCUACUCAAUCUCAUGCCGCAAACAUGUCAAAGUCUACCUCACCAAAAGAUACCAGAAAUGCUUUCACUCCUACAGAAUUAAUGGAAGAAACAAAUCCUUCACACCCAGAUUUUGUUUCUACGAGUUUUCAAUCCACAGAUACUGUGCGGCGUUGGCCAGAGCCACAAUCUUAUGGUUUAAUUCAAAAUCAACAACAGCUAGCUUUACCCCAAGCCGAAAGUUUGCCUGCCGAAAACUUAUUUGUCAACGAACGACAAAGUGCAAGUAGCCUCGAGCCUUCAGGCUCAAAAACUCAAACAUCCCUUCUACAAGGAUCGGAAAGCGGAAGAGGCAGACAACGUGCGAAAAAAUCUGGCCUGGUCCGUAGACCUUCCUCUAAUGUUCGAGCACCUUAUCGAGGACAGGAAUUCUCAGUUGAUGACGAUGUCACUGAAAUUCAGGACGACCUAGCCAAAAGUAGUGGACUUGGACAUAGUAGCUUUAGCUUCAGUGUUAAUAGGCAGCAGCCAUCCACGCUCAAAAGACGCCACAAUGCGCAACAGUUGCCUACACUAGCUAGUGUGGCUUCAAGAGACGAUGAAGAUGCUGAAGAAAGCGAGACAGACGCUGCAAUUGUUACUGGAGCUGAUACAGGCGUCGAAGAACUGGCUCCUGAAGCCCAGGAGAGUACAGAAAGACACAAAUCUUUCUCAGCCGAAGAUGCUGAAAAUACGGACGAAGCUGAAAAUGAUGACGAUAUAGAUGACAGUCUUAGCGAAACUGAAAGCUUUACCUUGAAAGAUAGGCAGCAAGCUAUUAACGAAACCCACCCCUUUGGUAUUCGCAUAUGGAAGCCUGCCUUAUACAAAAAAAAUCGAUCAGUGCAGAAAAACGCUGAGGGAGAUAUCCACUCAUCUCCUGGCGAUCGAGUUAGUCGCUGGCUAUUAUUUUUCAAUCUAUUAUGGACAGUAUGCUUCGGAUGGUGGCUCGCCUUAGUAGCUUUCAUCGGUGCUCUUGUAUGCUUCAUUUUUGGAGCAGCACCGAGUGCAUUACCCUACGGACGAGUAUUGUGGGGCCUCUCUGGCUAUUUAUUUUAUCCCUUUGGAAAGUUUGUACGACUCGAACAAGAUGAGGCAUAUGCUCAUGAAGAUCAAGGCGAAGGAAGGAGUAUUACAGAAUAUGAACAAUGGCAAAGUGGUGACAUUGAAGACGGCCGCUUGUUUUUUGGGCCACAAGAAAGACGUUCCAUCGUUGGCCGUUCUCGGCGCAGCAUCGAUUCAGCGAGUGAAAGUGAUAGCCUCCUUGGUAGAACCAGGCGAAGUGGAGCCCAAGAAGAUUCUGAUCUUCCGUUUAAAAGACGUCUAUUCGGUCGAGGCAAAUGGAAUACUGGCCGAGUCAUAUUUUUCCUCUUUUUCUACGGACUCAUAGCCCCUCUUUUGAUCCUAGUCUCUGGAAUCUGUUGGUUCUUAGUUUUUUGGAUACCCAUGGGCAAGGUUACCCUGUUGCUUUUCUAUCAUUUACGCAGACAUCCACUUGCCCUAUCUUUUCAAUCUGACUCUGAAUAUUCCCGUGGAAGCAUACCCAAAUCAUCUAUUCUUCUAUGUAGCUAUCGGGCAGUUGGACUGAAAUACUGGAAGUAUACGAUUGACGGUACUAAUAUCUUCCUCAUAAACUUGAUGGGUGUCGUAUUAUUUGUUAUCUUUGAUUACUUCAUUCUGCUAGAAGUCCUUGGAUUUGAGGAUUACGCAAUCACGCAUCCAGCAUUUUUGUUCAUAGCUGCACUUGUUUCGAUUAUUCCAUUAGCUUAUUUCAUCGGUCAAGCUGUGGCUUCGAUAUCAGCGCAAUCCUCCAUGGGUCUUGGUGCAGCCAUUAAUGCAUUUUUCUCAACAUUAGUGGAAGUAUUCCUCUAUUGCGUUGCACUUAACCAAGGCAAGGGUCAACUUGUGGAAGGUAGUAUUAUAGGCAGUAUAUUCGCAGGUAUCCUCUUUCUUCCAGGCCUCUCCAUGUGCUUUGGUGCAAUCAAGCGCAAGACUCAGAGAUUCAAUGCAAAAUCGGCGGGUGUUACAUCAACGAUGCUAUUAUUCGCAGUCAUCGCAGCCUUUGGCCCCACCUUAUUCUAUCAAAUUUAUGGAACCCAUGAACUUAAUUGUCUGGACUGCGUCGACGCUUCAGAAUCAAGGUCCAGUCGUGACUGUCGAUUGUGUUAUUUCUCUCAGUCUCCAUCUCUUAAUGAUCGAUUCUACCUUGAGGCCGUCCGUCCGUACUGUUGGAUUGCUGCCGCGUUACUUUUCCUCGCGUAUGUGACUGGACUCUGGUUUACAUUAAGAACUCACGCCGCUGUUAUCUGGAAUGAGGUUGAUGAGAAGAAAAUCCCAGAGGUGGCACAAAUUCAAGCUCAACAGCAACAUGCUAGUAGUCUCUCCCAGGGGCGUUUACACAGACCCAGCUUUGAUGCACGAGGUGUCGAUAUUCGCGAUUCUGUAUUGUAUAAACGGAUCCUUGGACAGUCCUUGAAACAAUUCGGCUUAGGCCCUCGAGAAGAAGUCUCAAGAAGCCACUCAACAAACGAAGCCGGUAUACCAAAUAUAUCGUUACAAACAGCACAUCAGCCACCUCCAAAGAAUCACCCUGCGGAUACUUUGAGAACUGAAUCUCACUCAACUGACUAUACGGAUGCUCGGAGGAAUAGUCUAGUUCGGGAAGUUGCUGAGAUGGCCGCAACCGCUGCGACAAUCGCUGCAAAUAAUGCUAGGAAAUCUAGAAUGGCCUCUAUUUUACCGCAUCAUGUACAUGGACAACACAAGCCCAGUCGUAUAAAUUUAGCCCCUGAUAGCGAGGAACCUGCGGCAGCCGAACCUCACUCGGCAGGUGGUCAUGAUGCACCCAACUGGGGACGGACAAAAAGUUCGAUAGUUUUGUGUGUAGCUACUGUACUUUAUGCACUAAUCGCAGAAAUUCUGGUCGGCACUGUUGAUGUUGUGCUGAAGAACGUUUCAAUCGAUGAAAAAUUUAUCGGAAUAACUCUCUUUGCUCUAGUCCCCAAUACUACCGAAUUUCUUAAUGCUAUUUCUUUUGCCAUGAAUGGUAAUAUCGCCCUGUCAAUGGAAAUUGGCUCUGCCUACGCAUUACAAGUCUGCCUCCUCCAAAUCCCUGCGCUGGUGUUUUAUAGCGCUGUUCAAGGUCCUUAUCUUUCAGGUCCCAACAUUGUUGACCAUACUUUCAGUCUAAUCUUUCCUCAAUGGGACAUGGUGACCGUCAUUUUGUGUGUAUUUCUCCUGAGCUAUAUGUAUGGGGAAGGGAAAUCCAAUUAUUUUAAAGGUAGCAUUCUUCUUCUCAGUUACCUUGUAGUUAUCAUUGGGUUCUGGUUCUCUGGGAUGACGGGGCUCGAGAAAAUGAGUGUGCGUCGUUUUGAAAAAUCCGGGGCCGAAGCAUCCUUUAAAACUAUUGGCAGAUCAAACUCUGGAAUAGCAUGGGAAACUUGA